AUGCUCUCUCAGUUUGUUGCCGUCGCCGCUGAAAACUCAACUUCCUCGCACUUCGAGCCACCCUCCCUGUCAUUCGACAACGGCUUGGUCGAAAUCUCCGCCCUCACCACACUUAUUGGGUCGUCUGCAGCAGCUUCCCUUGUGUUGGGAAGUCGAGGGCCCGCAGGCCUAGCAUGGGCGGCGACGAGCGCUUUCUGUGUAAUCGCAGUAGUGAAGGGCUGCCUUAGUGGUGCCAUACCAGGAUGGCUGCAGGAGACUAUCGGAGUUCGCUCCUCAGCAUCGGACCUAGCAGUCGGCCUUCAGUUGGAUCUGGGAAGCAAUUCAUACGGCGCUAAGAGGGUCAGGAAGACUUUGGACAGGCCAAUUGCUAUUCAAUGUCAAGGAGAUAUAGGGAAUGAGAACAGCUCGUCUAUGAAAGACCUAGGAAGCGAUGUUUACGCCUUUGAUUACUCCACUUCAGCCAUGCUUAAUCGCGUACCAGAGACGGAACCUGGGCAACUAACUCGCGCUUUCGCCUACGCCCGCUACAACUUUGUUCGAAAGCACAGCACCGGGAUCCAAAUGGGGACCAUCAGUCUCUCUUUUUUGAAACUCACCGAAUCCUACAUUUUAUGGAGAAACAACAGCGAGAUGCUCGCCAUGGUUACAUCUAUCCCUUGGUUCUAUUUCUUUGUCGCUGCCUUCGUCGAGGAAGUUAUCGAAUUGAGGCGCGCAGCAAAUCCAGAAACGACGUUAGGUCCAAUCGAUAUUCUCUCUGGGACUGUCCCUGCAGUGGGACGACCUGGGAGCAAUCGUAAGAUUAUAAUUGGCGCAGCUCAAAAUCCAAGGCACGCUCUCCGUUGGACGAUAAUGUGGAGCAUAGGGGCCAUUAUAUGUACUUCCUCAACGUUGAUGACUUAUCUUUUGUUGGGAAAGCAAUCGACGGAGGUGGUUCUGGUGUGGGUUGGAUUCCAAGCUCUGUGGAUGGUUCUCCGUCUACUGGUGCACCAUCUCAUCGAGCCAGACGAUCCGGUCGAGAGUCGCCAACUAGCGGACCAAUCUUUAUCGUCGCUUUCUCCCGAUAUGAAGAUGCGAGUGCUGAAGCUCGCUAUGGCGUUAUCAAAGUACCAAGCAUCCAUACAUCCGCGAGGCGACUAUUCCUACCCCUACGACUGCUUCACGGCGUCGGACAUCCCUGCGUUGAUCGCUCAACAUUCCUCCGUUUAUCCAACUGACAACCUCACCUUUUCAGAUGCGAGUCUAGCUUCCAUCCAAACUUCCAUUAAAGCUGUUAUCGGAGACACGACUCUUUCAAGCGCGACAUGGAUUUCUGGUUCUAAACCAACACCCAUGGACCUAUACGACAGCUGUGUGGUGGUGUUCAAUAUUGGGACGAAAUAUAACCUCUCCUCCGAUAUCAGCCUUCCGUCGUAUUCAUCAUCCGUCCUUGCAAUACCAGCUGUGCGAGUUCUUUCGGGCAAGACUGUCGGGCCGUCAUUGCCUACCGAUCCGGAAAAGGACACCACGAUUCAUUUUGUGCCAAAGGGGUCUUCCAAUGCAGGUUUCGGAUUGUCGUGGCUGUAUUGGAUACCUCUCGAUUCCGGUGAUUGGUUGUUUGUGCACACGCCGGAGGAUUCGUUGGAUGUUCGCGGACGACAAGUCGGACGCUUGAUGACGGAUGGGGAGGUUACCGAACAGCUAUCGGCUGGCAGGCUGAACAUUGGGUUUUCGCAUGUCGACGAUGUAAAGGCGGCCCUGGAAAUGUCGAAGCGUGGUUUUAUGGAUAUACGGAGAAUCCUUGAGUAG